AUGGCACAGAGCACUGAGCUCCAGCCAAGCUUUGAGGACGUUUUUAAUAUUUUAUCCCAGAUCCCACAAGAUAAACUCCUUAGCUUCAAACAUAAACUGAAGCACUUGAUAUUUGGGCCCAGCAGCAAAUUACUGCAAGCCAUGGUCCUGCUUACUCUGGGGCAAGAAGUGGAUGCAAGAAUUUCUUUGGAUGACUUGAGAGAUAACCGGGCAGCCCAGUAUAUCCACCAGACCAAACUGGGCGCUGCAGGAGCGCAGGAAGGUGGGGAGGGUUUGCAGCCUCCCCAGCUGGAUGCAGGUGCCAUGGCGCUUUUGGCACAGAUCUACUCAGUGUUGGCGGAGGAAAAACUGUGCAGUCACGAAGCCAUGGACAAAGCCUGCCAGGCUGCCACCAAAGCCCGCAACGCCAGCAGGGAAACGCAGGGGGACACACUCAACAGCAUCCCAGGGGAGGACCAGGAAAAACAUGGCUCUGACAUCAGCAUGGGCUCAGGUGACAAAUUUCAGACACUGAGAUCUGAUGCGGCCAUAGGAUCUCUCCAUACCACCAGCCCAAACUACGUGGUGAGAAGUUCCCCUGUGCAGAUUGGAUCCAACUUGGACCUCUCAGGCCCACAGACCUUGCGCUCUUUGGGGAGUCCCUCUUUCCCCAGUCACUUUGAGAUCAGUCCGUCACCAACAGUUGUUUUUCACACCCAGCCUCCUUCCUCCGAGCAUGUCCCCCAGCCCAGCCCACUGUGUGAAGGGAGCACCAGCGGUGCUGGACAGCCUGACAGGGACAGACCGAGCCACAGCCUGCAGGAAACAAGCUGGGCUAGCAGAUCCAACUCUCAUCCCGGGCAGAACACAGGUGCCGAAGUCCCCCGACCGGAGAAGUUUCUGCAGGUCAGGUCAUGUCAUCCAACUCUCCCUGUUCCUGAAACACAGCCGCCUGCGCUGGGUGCUGUGAACCAACCUGACGAAAGUAGUGAUGUUUCCAGCACAGUGGCAACAGAACCUCAUGCACCAAAAGAGAGCACAGACAAAAAACAAGAUGAAAUGCAAUUAUCUACAGGUCUUCCUGAUUCAAGAGCUACAGUAGAUACUGGUUCUGCCCACAUGUCCAUGAAGGACUCCUAUGUUCCAGCAGGCAUUUCUUCUAACACUGCAUCUGCUUCCAUGUCAACAUCCCUUCUUCCUCCUACCUAUCCCUUCUCCUCAACCUUUCCUCCUCCUAUUCAGGAACCUCCUUCCAAGUUAUAUCCCACUCCCCUCCACUCAUCCCCCUCUCCAGCCUGGCCUCCUCCUCCCCAGGCUGUAAAAGCAAUGCCCACAUCAGAGCCAGAUGGUGGAAGGUUCUUCACUUUUGUUGUCCUGCACGCUAGUGAAGAUGAGACUGUUGCCCAUCGGGUCAAGGACCUGCUGGAGAACAUGGGGGUUCCCAACGGUGCCACAUUCUGUGAGGACUUCUUCAUUGCCGGACGCAGUCGUCUGACUUGCUUCCAGGAUGCUAUGGAAAACUCUGCUUUCAUCAUCCUUCUGCUGACCAAGAACUUCCCAUGCAACCUGUUUAUGUUUCAGACAAACACUGCUCUGAUGGAGUCCAUCCUGAAACCAUCCAAGCGCGAUUCAGUCAUCCCUUUUGUACCCAAGGAGAACCCCCUGGAGCGGAGUCAGAUUCCCAGCAUGCUUGGCGGGCUCACGCCCUUGGAUGAGAACUCUCCCGGAUUCUCCAGGACAGUGCAGAACACCUUUACCACCAGCAGGAUCAAUGAGAGGAAAGCCAUGUGGGACCUGGUGCAGAGAAGGAAACUACAGCUCUAUCAGGACCAGUAUCAACCAUUGCAGAACUUAGCUGCUCUGAACCUUGGCUCCCUUCCCCAGGGGCCUCCAUCAGCAACACAGGGGCAGCAAUCACCUCGACUGUGGUGUCCCCCUUCUUUGACUGUCCCUCCUGCCACAUACCCACCUCCCACUGCUGGUCACCCCACGCCUGCUCAGAUGGGUCCCCCUCCUUUCCAACCACUUCAUCUCCCAUCAGGCCACUACAACAUGAUGCCAGGUCUGGGAGGCAUUGUCAUUCAACACGCUCGAAUGAUUCAGAUUGGGAACCACAACAUGAUGCAGGUAGAAACUGUCACCCCGGGUCCACAGGACAGUGAGGAAGAAACCAGGCAGAAUACUUGA